UGUUCGAGUUUGUUAUUAAAUUUUUUUGUAAUUAUCGUAAUUAUAUUGCGGAUUUACUUAUUAUGAGCGAGUGUGUGACUGAGAUUAAUGCUUUGUCGUAUAAGGUGAAAAUGACGUUAAAAAUGCGUUUACCAAGUUAAAGGGUUUUAACCUCAAAAUGGAUCUCUUGAGGCCCCCUUGAAAAUUACCCUUAUCACUUUAAUUAGUUAAAAUAGUCACCGUACAAUGAUGGAAUACGAAUAUUCGGUAUUUCGUAAAGAGAUUGACUUGCACAACAAAUGUUGUGGUGGUAUGUUUUGGUGCAUUCGUGACAUUUGUGGUAUAAUUUGUGCUAUACUCACAUGGAUGCUAAUAUUGUAUGCUGAAUUUGUUGUAAUGACCGUUAUACUGUUCCCUAGCCCCCAUCAAAUAUAUAGUUUUAUAAACAUGGUAAUUUUUCAGUGUUGUGCAUUUCUAGCUUUUGCUUCUCAUUUGAGGACCAUGUUCACAGACCCGGGAGCGGUCCCCAAAGGUAAUGCUACUAAAGAGAUGAUAAAACAGAUGGGGUUCAGGGAAGGACAGGUCAUUUAUAAAUGCCCAAAAUGCUGCAGUAUUAAGCCCGAAAGAGCACAUCAUUGCAGCGUUUGCCAGAGGUGUAUUAGGAAAAUGGACCAUCACUGUCCGUGGGUGAACAACUGUGUUGGAGAGAACAAUCAAAAGUACUUCGUUUUAUUCACAUUCUACAUUGCAACUAUUAGCAUUCAUUCUCUGUUUCUUGCAAUCAACCAGUUUCUCACGUGUAUUCGUAACGAGUGGAAAGACUGUACAACGUAUUCACCUCCAGCCACUGUCGUGCUCUUACUCUUCCUCAUUUUCGAGGCUUUGCUGUUCGCAAUAUUCACCGUUGUGAUGUUAAGCACCCAGGUGCAGGCUAUUUGGUAUGACGAGACAGGCAUAGAGCAAUUGAAAAAGGAAGAGGCGCGGUGGGUGAAGAAAUCACGUUGGAAAAGCAUCCAGGCUGUCUUCGGACGUUUCUCUCUAGGAUGGUUUUCGCCCUUCGCAGGGCCCACAGCCAAAGCGAAAUAUGAAAACUAUCUUUAUUCUGUUUAGCGAAACAUUUCUAAUUCUUUUGUUUUAUUUGAUAAGCCUUAUUAUUCAGUAUUUGUAAUUUAUACUAUGCAUCCAUACUUAAAUACGUGCAUUAAUAAAUAAAACUUCGAUGUUUAUGUAAAUUAUUUUAAAGUAUCGGGUACUUAGGUAUUAUUGUGAAAUUAUUGAUUGUCCUGCACGGUUUGAUAACGAAAUAAUGCGAAAAUGACGAAUGACGUGAUGUCUUAUGUACGUGGCAUGUUUUUGACGAAAAUUUGUCGUCAUUUUUGGAUUUUUUGUGGCCGUGGAGGUCGCCUCGUGAUGAGA